AUGGAAGGACAGCAUCCUAUAUCUGAGCGCAAAAACAUGGAUAACUGCCUGCGACGUUUGAAGCAGGAGCUGCUCUCCAUGAAGGAGGCCGGCGAUGGGCUCCAUGCUCAGAUGAACUCCAUGAUGGGCGCUCUUCAGGAACUCAAACUCCUGCAGGUUCAGACAGCCCUGGAGCAGCUCCAGAUCUCCGGCAAGGCCAGCAAGGGCACCCUGGCCCCUGGCCCACUUCCUGUGCCACUUCCCCACCGCCCCGCUGCCCACGAGCGGGCCCCGUCCCACGCCAGGGAGGAGCGCAGGCGGGCCCAGCAGCGCGGGAGGAGCCUGGACACCUCGCCCACCUCCAGCCCUGACAGUGGCAGCUUCCCUCUCCCACAGCGGCCGUCGCGGCACAGCGCCCCCUGGUGGCGGGAGGACCGGCCCGAGCCCAUGGACCUGAACGCCAUCCUGCACAGUCUCUCCCGCGAGGGCCCGUCCCUGGACAGCGACUACUCCCAGGACGGCGCGGAUGACCCCGGCGACUGGACCUCCUCGCUCAUGAGCCGCAGCCGAAACCGGCAGCCCCUGGUGCUGGGAGACAACAUCUUCGCCGACCUGGUGGGGAACUGGCUGGACCUGCCGGAGCUGGAGGACGAGGGGCCGCCUGCGGAGGCUGAGGGCGGGGCUGGGGGCGGGGCUGGGGACAGGGUAAAGGUCAGGGAGGAGCCCGCCCACGCGCUCAGGCUCAGCCGCUCACAGGAGAUCUGCAGGAAGUUCUCGCUCACCGCCAACAUCUUCCGGAAGCUUCUGCGCAGCGUGCGGCCGGACAAGGACAGGCUGCUGAAGGAGAAGCCCGGGUGGAUGCCCCUGGAGGACCCGGAGGCUGAACUCUGCAAGAGGCCCAAGAAGGCCACAAAGCCCAAAGCGACCUUUUACCUGCCCUUCCGGACUGGCGGAGGAGGGCGUGGGCAGCAGGGGAAGGGGAGGCCCUGCUCUGGGCUUGCUGAGGACCAGGCUCAGCUGUCGGGGGUCUACAUCGGCAGGCCAAACUCAGAGUUUGUGGAGAAGCCGACCCCUGUGUUCGACUACAGCACGGCCGUUUGGGUCUGAGGACUGAGGUCUGAGGACCCAAGAAAUGAAAUCACACGUCUUCCUCAGAAACUGUGGCAAGAGAACCUUCUAGACCGCCCCUUCACCCACUGAGUGACCCCUGAGUGACCGGAGCAGUGACAUGCAAGGUGUGCAUAAUGUUCAGCCAUGGUGUGGCUCACGACCGUGCAAGGUGUCGCCAUUUUUGUUUGCAACAGGUUCACAAGGGGCGUUCGUAGAAUAUGCCACUUGAACCCUGGCUAUAGGUGGUGGUCUGUCUGGAUCCCUGGCCAUGGGUGGUGGACUGCUAUUGAGAACUGACACGAAGGGACCUCAUCGGAAUCGCAUUCCUAAGUGCACUGAUAAUUACUCACACCGGGUGUAUGUAUGUGUUUCAUGUUCAACACAGUCAUCAUACCAGCAGUGGGGGAAGUUCAGCAGGAAGGUGAUGUACAGUUUCUGAUCAAUGGGUUCCACUGUGAAAAGCCAAGCCAGCAUUCGCAUAUUUCAGUCAUCGUUCAGUCUCGUCUCAUUGCCCGUUUCCCUUUUGCAUUGCUUUCGCCAAUAGCAGCUGUCUAACGUCACUGUCUUUCAUAAAAUCCUAUCCUCUGUUCUGUGGAGCAAGUGUCUCACAAAGAUGUCUCUGCAACAGCAGCGCAUAGUCUUAACGGGAACAUGACUAGAAACACAGUAUCCUCUUAACGGUUGUCAGAAGUGCGCUGGUACAGCGCAUGUACAGUAGUUCUACUGGAUUCUGCUCUGACAGGGGCACUCCGUAUGCUAGCACCAUCUGUCUGCUGAUAAUUAUGUAACGGCGAUAUUACGCGUGAAUGUGAACGCACUGUUCUGUGUUGCAGUUACUGUCCAACCUACUGAACGUUAUCGCCAGGCCAACUGCCGACUCACCAGAUGGUACGUGGCAUCGUAAUUUGAACCCAAAAAAUGACUCUAGAAGGUUGUUUUGAUACGCCAGUUCAUGUGGAUGGGCAUCGGGGGAAAGUCAUUGUUAACAGAUUAGCGUCUAUCAGUUUUGGAGUAAUUCCAAAGAGCAGUGAGAGGCCCUCAUAGAAAGCUUUGCCUUAUGAAGACAUAAUGGAACAGAUUGGCCUCAGACUCUCUACUCUCUAUGUGGUACUAACAUGAAAUAACAGUGCUCUUUUAUAUUGUUCUUGUACAGAGUUCGAUGAGAGGGCACAGUUUUCCCCCGAAUGCUAAUUGAACACACUCUACUCUUCAGAAGGCAGCAUUUUCAGCCGGGAAAUGCUGACAUGUAAAAAAUUACUCUCUACCCUCAGGCAGAUCAAUUUAAAAUAAACCAACAGAAUUGUGGAACUUUCUAGAAGCAAAACCAGAAGCCAGGAUGGAUAUCUUUAUUCAUCAUGGGCCAGAAUAAUUUUUUGCCAGUGAUGCCUACACACAGCCGCACAUUUCCAAUCAAAAGGGUUUAAUGUAUCCAAGCAGAUAAUAGAUUAAAUAAGGAAAUGUACUGUAGGUCUGGUGGCAUGAAACCCAGCUCUCACUGUGAAAUCACAGAAGCUUUUGCUACCGUUUGUAUAUGACCAGAGGGCUCUCUGCCUUGCCUUAUAUUUAAUACAGUACAGGAUUGUUUCCAUCCUCAUAAACUCUGGCUCUCUUACACUUUUCAAUAGUCACUACACAUCAACAGAGUGGCCAUAGCCAUAGGCCAUUAAAUAUCAAGUCAUUAAAUCUGAGCUGCUGAACAUAACAAAAUGUAAUAUGCCUCACCAUGGCCAUAUUAAUUAAAUAAAAGAAUAAUGAAGCAAUAAUGAAGCAAUAAUAACGCCUUGCUAAAGCUUGUUACUGUACAGCAGACUGAAGUGUGUUAAGUUAGUAAUACAUACUAGAUAAUACUUUUCCCCCAGUCAAAAAUAUUUAUUUCUGUUUUUUCUUUUUUCAUUCAUUUAGUUGUGGUGAUAUGUCACUGAACAGAACUGUAAUGAAACGCACACGGAGUGUUUUGUUAAAGUGGUCGUGUGAAAUUAGAUGCAGAGAGAAAUGAACAGCGGAGGGCCUGUCUCAUCAACUGUGAUAAUCCAGUGAAAUCCGGGCAACUGAAAAAGGCGUAAUUAAUUUUGCUGAGCAAAGUUAGACACCAGCCUUUCGAUCACGCAGUGCUUUACUCUUGUGUACAGAUCCACUGGCGUCUCAGAGGCCAAGCAUAGUAAAGCAUUUUGAUAAAUUUUUUUUUAAUGUGUAAUAUUUGUUAUA